AUGCCCAUGGACAUAUGGCUGGCAUGCAGUAUUAAUGGGGAGGGGGCACAGAAUAUAUCACCAUCUGCCCCUUAUUUACUCUAA